AUGUUCUUGUCAAGGGCACCCGCUGCGACUUUGCGCAAGUCUGCAACGAUUGCAUCGCACAGGUUCGUGCGAUACAGACGCGGCCUGCUCACCCUUGCGAUUGAGACAUCAUGCGACGACACAUCAGUCGCGAUCGUUGAGAAGAAAGGCGAUAACUCAGUAGGAGACCAAGCCAAAAUCCACUUCCUUGAAAAUAUCACUGCCGACUCUCGAGCCCACCGCGGCAUCCACCCGAUUCUUGCCCUCGAAUCCCAUCAAGAAAAUCUUGCCGAUCUUGUCAAUAAAGCUCUCCAGAGUCUACCAGCCUGGAGCAAUCAUGGAGCUAAAUCAAUCGAACUUGCGGAUGGGUCAAUCCGCCAACGGCCUGACUUCAUUUCCGCUACUAGAGGCCCCGGCAUGCGCUCCAACCUGUCAGUUGGGCUGGACACUGGGAAAGCUCUCUCGGUUGCUUGGCAGAUUCCAAUGGUGGGAGUUCAUCACAUGCAGGCGCACUUGUUGACUCCUCGACUGGUGUCAUGUUUGGAGAACAACGAUGGCUCAGCUUCACCGAAUGCUACAUCGCCGCAAUUCCCGUUUCUAUCCCUCCUUGUCUCCGGCGGUCAUUCGAUCAUCGUCCAUUCGAAAUCUCUCACAGACCACAGCAUCAUGGCAUCCAGCGACGAUAUUGCCAUGGGCGAAACAUUGGAUAAGGCAGCUCGGGAGAUCCUGCCUCCGUCUCUGCUACAGGAGGCCAAAACUACCAUGUACGGGAAGGCUUUGGAGCAAUUCGUCUUUCCCAACGGCCGGGCCGAUUUUGCUGAUUAUCGACCGCCGAUGACCCGCGGAGAGGAGGUGGUCAAGCGCAAAAGCCAGUGGGGAUGGAGCGUGACCACACCAUUCGCCAACACCAGGGCACUACAGCUCAGCUUCUCUUCUGUCGCGAGCAUGGUCAACAAGAUCGUUAAAGACAAGGACGGCUGUUUAUCUGACGAAGAGAGGGUCGAUCUAGGCAGAGAAGCGAUGCGCGUCUGCUUCGAGCAUCUGUCAUCGCGAACUAUCAUCGCACUCGAGUCUCUCCGUCUCAGACACCGCGAUGAAGAAGAGAUCAAGACCCUGGUUGUGAGCGGUGGUGUUGCAGCCAACAAAUUCCUCAUGCAUGUUCUGCGAUCGUUCCUGGACGUUCGUGGAUUUGAACACAUCAAGGUUCUCGCACCGCCUCCAUAUCUGUGUACCGAUAACGCGGCUAUGAUAGGAUGGGCUGGCAUUGAGAUGUUUGAGGCCGGGUGGCGGACGAAUCUGAGCUGUCGUGCUCUUCGCAGGUGGACUCUCGACCCGCAGGCCGAAGAUCGCGGAGUCCUGGGCCCUAGUGGGUGGAUUCAAGGUGGAUCGGCCCUGUGA